AUGUUGGUGAGGGCAAUAACGGCGCCCGGGCUGCGCCGGUGGUGCCGGGGCCGGCGGGCCGCGGCCGCCGCUUGUUUCCCGCUGGGCCGGGCGCUGCUGGGCGUGCGGGGCGCCGAGGCCGCCGUAUUCCUGCAAGGGCUGCUCACCAAUGACGUCACGCAGCUGGCGGCGGCGGGCGACGCUCCCCCCGCGCUCUAUGCGCACGCGCUGAACGUGCAGGGCCGCUGCCUGUAUGACGUCAUCCUGUACAGACUCCACGGGAGCACAGCAGAGGAGCCUCACAUCCUGCUGGAGUGCGACAGCAGCGUGCUGGAUUCCAUCCAGAAACACCUGAAACUCUACAAGAUCCGCAGGAAAGUCACCAUUGCCCCCUGCCCUGACCUCUCCCUGUGGGCUGUCAUCCCUGGGGAACAGCCUGGGGAUUCCAGUUCCCUCCCAAAAGCUGCAGACCCAGCUCUGAUCUUAACUCCUGACCCCAGGGCAGAAGUCAUGGGCUGGAGGCUGAUUGCAAAGAAAGGAGCAAACCUGUCAGAGAUUAUCCCUGGGAGUCAAGUUGGAGACGUUCAGGAUUACCACAGGCACAGGUAUAAACAAGGAAUUCCCGAGGGGGUGAAAGAUCUCCCCCCUGGAGUCGCCCUCCCGCUGGAAUCCAACCUGGCCUUCAUGAACGGCAUCAGCUUCACCAAAGGCUGCUACAUCGGGCAGGAGCUGACGGCCAGGACCCACCACAUGGGCGUGAUCCGCAAGCGCCUGCUGCCCGUCCGCUUCCCGGCUCCCCCGCCGGGCUCCGGCAUUCCCGAGGGAGCCGACAUCCUCACCGAGUCGGGCAAACGCGCCGGGAAGUUCCGUGCUGGAGCGGGAGAGCUCGGCAUAGCCCUGCUGAGGCUGGCUCACCUCAACGAGCCGCUCUGCAUAAACCUGGCAGGGGACACGGUGAAGCUCCGCGCCGCCACGCCCGAGUGGUGGCCGAAAGCUGCUGGUAGAUAGACGAGGGACAGCCCUGUGCCUCAGGGAGUGGCUGGGCUGUGUGGGGAUUUGGGGAAUGCUGCUGGUUUUGGGGGUGUUUGGUCGGUGGGGUGGUUCUUGAGGGAUUCCUCGAAGCGGGAGUGAACGGCGGGAACCCAAAGCUGUGGCAGAUCACUGGGUUGGAUCUUCCACUCAGCGCCGCGGAGAGACAAAUCCAGGGAAUUUGCACCUUCUCCCGAGGGUAAUCCCACCUUUUUAGGGGUGCCGUGAGUGGGGUUGGUCCCCGUGUUUUAGGGCGUGCCCUGUGUUGUGGGGUCGGACUCUGGAUGGAUCUCCAGGCCGACACUCACUCCCCCAGACUGUGCUCUGUGUGUGUGUUCCAGCUGAAGCAGUGGGAUCAGGAGUUUCUCUGUUCCAUGCACUGAUUAUUUUCUUUCUUUUUUUUCAAUUCAGAAUAACCAUUCUGUGGUAUUAUAAUUUUUUUUUGUUUGUUUGAGUGCAGAUCAUGCUGCUCUUACUUAGAUAUAUUCUCAGGCUGAAGUGUUUGUUUUUUUGCUGCAAAUUCCUCCUUGCAUUGAGCUUCUUAAACUUGCUGAUGGGGCUGGGCGUUUCUUCCCUACCACUGGAAUUGUGCUCAGGAAGAGGAACACCUUAUGCUUCACGUGUCAGACCUUGAUUUUAACUCAACCCAGCUGGGAAAGAAAGGUCUCAAACCUCCUGGUCCUGUCUCCUGCUGUGGUGCCAGUGGAGGGAGCGCAGCCAGUUCUUCUCAUUCCCUUCACUCAAACCAUUUUUUUUUAGGAGAGGAAGAGGAUAUUUUCAGUGCCACGUGUGGUGGCUUAGCCUGGCCUUCCCGAGGGAGGAUUUUCCCCACGUUCUGGCUCUGCACCUCCACGCUCUCUGUACCCCUCACACCCUGCACCUGAGGUUUUCUCCAUCCACCGCCCCGAGGGUUUUCAGAGCAGCCCAGUGCCUUGGCAUUUCUUUGCUUAAUUUUUUUUUUUUUUCCUGGCUGCCAACACUGCCCUGCUUCCCCAAUUUUUCUUGCUGCAACAUAUUCCUCUCUUCUUCCAAAGCUGAUCCUGUCAGCCUGCAGUGUCAGUGAUGUAUAUGAACCCUUUUUAUUUUUGUAUUGCAAUAAAUCCAGCACACAAUGAGAGAGCUCCCCAGGUGAGAUCCCAUUUUGGUCCCCCCCCCCACCCAAAAAUAAAAAAAUCCCCCUCUUUGCCUGAAUAUUUGUAACAAAACCCGUCCAGAAUCACAUUCUGCCUCUGUUUCAGUGUUACUGUGAAAGGAAUUUGUCUGUAAAAAAUGCUUAUGUUGAUUAAAACGCUAUGAUUGCUGUAAAAUGAUUCUUUGGAAUACCUCAUUAAUUGUUGCCUCUGAUUUAAAUGUGACUCAUCCGAAAGAGAAGAUGCCUUUGUUGUUGUUGUUGUUGGAGUGAAGGCAUACAACAGAAUAAACACAUUUUCAGGUUGCUUGC